UCCCACCACGCUGCCACCUCUUUGUUCUCUUCUUCACUAUCUCUUCCCUUCUAACAUCCUUUUUCUACAAUUCCAAUUCCAUUUUCACUUCCACUUUCUUUAUUCACUAUCUUUUUCUUAUGUCUUAAGUUUCCUCAUUCCUCAAUUUCUUUCUUUCUCUCCCAAAAUUCCCUUUUCAAACCAAAACCGUUCUUUUUUUUUUUUCAUCUUCAAUUUUCCUUCCAAAUUCCCAAAAACCCCUUUACCUUUAUCAUCAUCAUCAUCUUUGUCUCUAAUUCUGUGAUGAGUUUGCCUCCUUUUUUAAUGGCUCUCAUUCUUCACAAUCACAAAACCCUUUCUUUCUCUCUAUACUAUACCUUUUCCUUUCCUUUCCUUUUUGUUUUUGUUCUUGCUUCACACUCGCACCAUGAUUUCUCAAUUAUGGAUUCAGAAUUCGAUUCUUUUUACAGCGAUUACACACCUCCGUCGCCUCCUCCUCCUCCGCCGGAGCCUCAUCCUCCUUCACUUUCGUGCGAAGAUGGUCUUCAAGGAAUUGGCUCUUUAACCACUUCAUGCGAUCUCAAUUCGAGUUUAAUAUUCAACAGUGAUGUUUAUAUAGAAGGAAACGGAACCCUAAACAUACUUCCCGGCGUCAAUUUGAGUUGCCCUAAUUUGGGUUGCGUUAUUAAGAUUAACAUGAGUAGGGAUUUCACUUUGCAGAAUGGUUCGGUUAUAAUUGCUGGUACGGUUUCUGUUUCGUCUCAAAAUGUAAGCUUGUUUGAUGGGUCGGUUAUAAAUGUUACUGGUUUGGCCGGUGAACCACCGGCUCAGACAAGCGGCACCCCGUCGGGGACACAGGGUGCUGGUGGAGGACACGGUGGAAGAGGUGCCACGUGUGUUUCUGAUAAUACUAAGCUUCCUGAUGAUGUUUGGGGUGGUGAUGCAUAUUCUUGGUCAUCGCUUCAUAAGCCUUGUAGUUAUGGGAGUAAGGGAGGGAGUACUAGUAAAAAUGAGAGCUUUGGUGGUGAAGGUGGUGGAAGAAUAUGGUUUGAAGUUGUUGAUUCAAUAGAACUCUUUGGGGAUCUUUUGGCCAAUGGAGGUGAUGGUGGGAUCAAAGGUGGAGGUGGUUCUGGAGGCAGUAUUUUUAUUAAAGCUCAUAGAAUGACUGGAUCUGGCACGAUUAGUGCUACCGGAGGUGGUGGAUUCGCAGGCGGUGGAGGAGGAAGAAUUUCUAUCAACGUUUUCAGCAGACAUGACAAUACAGAAUUCUUCGUUCAUGGAGGAGUGAGUCUUGGAUGUGCUGGCAACGCUGGUGCUGCAGGGACAUAUUAUGAUGCUGUUCCUCGCAGUCUUACAAUUUGCAAUCACAACUUGUCUACACAAACUGAUACACUUCUUUUAGAGUUUCCUAAGGUGCCUCUUUGGACAAAUAUUUAUGUCCAGAAUCAGGCCAAGGCAUUGUUUCCUUUAUACUGGAGCCGUGUUCAGGUCGGUGGACUAAUUCGUUUGACCUAUGGAGCUGCUUUAAGCUUUGGGCUUGCUCAUUACGGUUCAUCAGAGUUUGAGUUGAUGGCAGAAGAGCUUCUGAUGAGUGACUCUGUAAUCAAAAUAUUUGGAGCUCUUCGUAUGUCUGUCAAGAUUCACCUGAUGUUGAAUUCCAAGAUGCUUAUAGAUGCUAAUGGUGAUUUAAUUGUUGCGACAUCCGUACUUGAAGCUAGCAACUUAGUAGUUCUCAAGGAUUCAUCUAUUAUUCAUUCUAAUGCAAAUUUGGGAGUUCAUGGACAAGGUUAUUUGAACUUGUCUGGACCUGGAAAUUUGAUUGAAGCACAACAUCUGAUUUUGUCACUAUUUUAUAGCAUCAGUGUUGGACCUGGAUCUGUUUUAAGAGGCCCUUUGGAGGCUGCUGGUGAUGAUAAUAUGACAAGGACGCCACAACUGUACUGUGAAGUUGAAAAUUGCCCUGUUGAAUUGCUCCAUCCUCCUGAAGAUUGUAAUGUGAAUUCUUCAUUGGCUUUCACUCUUCAGAUAUGUCGGGUUGAAGAUGUUAGUGUUGAAGGCACCAUAACUGGCUCUGUUGUGCACUUUCAUUGGGUUAGAAGUGUAGAGGUCGAAUAUUCUGGAAUAAUCAGUGUAUCUGGGCUGGGUUGUACUGGAGGGUUGGGUAAAGGAAGGUAUUUUGAAAACGGUAUUGGUGGUGGAGGCGGGCAUGGAGGAUAUGGUGGGGAUGGAUAUUAUAAUGGAAAUUUCAUUGACGGCGGUACCACAUAUGGGGAUGCUGAUUUACCAUGUGAACUCGGUAGUGGCAGUGGAAAUGAUAGUCUAGCCGGUGCAACUGCAGGUGGUGGUAUUAUUGUGAUGGGUUCAUUGGAGCACCCGUUAUCAAGAUUGACUUUGAAUGGUUCACUUAGAGCUGAUGGAGAAUCCUUUGGAGAAGACAUAAGAAGGCAGCAGGAUGGUAGGGCGUCGAGUAUUGGCCCUGGUGGAGGCUCUGGUGGAACUGUUCUUUUGUUUGUUCAGAUGUUGGCUCUUGCCAACUCUUCCACUAUAUCAACAGUUGGAGGACAAGGAAGUCCUAGCGGUGGUGGGGGUGGAGGUGGUGGAAGGGUUCACUUUCAUUGGUUGAAUAUCCCAGUUGGAGAUGAAUACAUCCCUUUUGCCAGUGUUAAGGGUAGCAUUAUUACUGGAGGUGGUUUUGGUGGAGGUCAGGGUCUUCCUGGAAAAAAUGGAUCUAUCAGUGGAAAUGCAUGUCCUAGAGGGCUUUAUGGUAUCUUUUGUGAGGAAUGCCCUGUUGGCACAUACAAAAAUGUCAGUGGGUCUGAUAGAGAACUUUGUCAUAACUGCCCUCCUCACGAGCUUCCACAUCGGGCUAUAUAUAUUUCUGUUCGAGGUGGCGUGGCAGAGACUCCUUGUCCAUACAAGUGCAUAUCUGAUAGAUAUCACAUGCCAAACUGUUAUACAGCUUUCGAAGAGUUGGUAUACACUUUUGGUGGGCCAUGGUUUUUUGGUCUUCUUCUCUUAGGUCUCCUUAUUGUGCUUGCUCUAGUUCUCAGCGUUGCACGGAUGAAAUAUGUAGCUGUGGAUGAUUUACCAGCCCUUACUCCUGCUCGAAAUGACACUCGACUGAACCACUCUUGCCCCUUUCUGGAAUCACUGAAUGAGAUUAUUGAAACAAAUAGAAGUGAGGAAUCUCCAAGUCAUGUGCAUAGGUUAUAUUUCCAGGGUCCAAAUACAUUCAGUGAACCUUGGCAUCUCCCUCAUUGUCCUCCAGAGCAAGUAAAAGAUAUUGUAUAUGAAGAUGCCUUCAAUAGAUUUGUGGAUGAGAUUAAUAGUUUAGCUACUUAUCAAUGGUGGGAAGGGUCUAUAUAUAGUAUCCUUUGUGUCACUGCAUAUCCCCUUGCUUGGUCAUGGCUGCAAAGGUGUCGGAGAAAGAAAUUGCAGAAACUUCGAGAAUUUGUUCGGUCAGAGUAUGAUCAUGCUUGCUUGCGCUCAUGCCGUUCACGAGCCCUUUAUGAAGGGUUGAAGGUAGCUGCAACAUCUGAUUUGAUGCUGGCAUAUCUAGACUUCUUUCUCGGUGGAGAUGAAAAAAGACCUGAUCUUCCUCCUCGUCUUCAUCAAAGAUUUCCCAUGUCUAUAAUUUUUGGAGGAGAUGGAAGUUACACGAGUCCUUUCUCUCUUCAUAGUGAUAAUAUUCUUACCAGCAUCAUGAGUCAGUCCGUUCCACCGACUAUAUGGUAUCGAUUAGUGGCUGGUCUUAAUGCUCAAUUACGCUUAGUUCGCCGUGGACAUCUAAAAAUAACUUUUAGCCAUAUUAUUGGCUGGCUCGAUGUAUAUGCAAAUCCUAGGUUGGCUACAUAUGGGGUACGUGUUGAUCUUGCAUGGUGUCAGCCCACAGCUUCUGGAUAUUGCCAAUUUGGACUUGUGGUGCAUGCUACUGAGAAUGAAAACAUGUCAUCCGCAGGGGAAAGUUGUGAUGAUUUAAGAAUAUCUGAAAAGCAGUCGGGUUUUCUUAUAAGUCCCAGAAUUCCAGUGCAUCACUUGACAAGCAAUGAACACCUGGUGAUGCCUAGAAGGAUGUCUGGUGGAAUAUUGAAUGGCAAGAGUCUAAGAACACUUAAAGAGAAGAAAACUAUAUAUUAUCCUCUUGCUUUUAUUAUUUAUAAUACAAAACCUGUUGGUCAUCAGGAUCUAGUCGGUCUGGUUAUCUCUAUUUUGCUCCUGGGGGAUUUUAUAUUAGUGUUGCUUACCUUACUUCAGAUGUACUCGCUGUCGCUGGUGAACUUCUUCUUAGUUUUAUUUGUCCUCCCUCUCGGCGUGCUAUUUCCAUUUCCAUCUGGAAUCAGUGCUUUGUUUAGUCAAGGACCUAGGAGAUCAGCUGGCCUUGCUCGUCUAUAUGCUUUGUGGAAUCUGACCUCCCUAGUUAAUGUUGUAGUUGCCUUCAUUUGUGGAUAUAUUCAUUACAGAGCUCAUUUACAUGACAAACAUUCCAACGUUCAAUCCUGGAGUUUUAGUAUGGAUGAAAGUGAAUGGUGGAUGCUUCCUUCAGGUCUAUUCCUCUGCAAAAUUAUUCAAGCGCGUCUUAUUGAUUGUCAUGUGGCUAACCAGGAAAUACAAGAUUCUUCAUUGUAUAGCACUGACACUAACGUCUUCUGGAAUUCUUGAACCUCUUUUUUUUUUUUUUAACUUACCUCGACAUUUCUCUUCUGUAUAUUCACUAAAGUAGGUAGAGCUUAACUGGGUAGAGCAGUAACAUUGGGUAGUAGAGUUGUAUAAAUUGUAUAAUGUUAGGAAAGGUUAAUUAAAUUGUAUGUGAUGUGUGAUUUCUGAUUCAUGAUUACCAGUUACUAUAGUUUACUUGAUAAGAUUUUCAGGGUUUUGGCCUCUUUGUAAUUAUGGGCGGAUAUCUCAGCAUAUAUACUGCUAAAAUUUCUUGGUCUCUAUUGUCAAUACACAUUGAAAAAUAUAAGUAAAUUUAUGAGGGUUUGUUGUGAGAUUA